AUGGCUAGCUUUGGGUUUCAACACGCAGGGCCGAAUCUCCCGGGGCAAAAUAACGCUUCUCUGGAAGCAUUGAAGGUGGUGCGGAGUCUCCUGGAAAGCUUCGACCGAAAAAAUGAGAUCAAGUUCAGGAUGGAAAGGAUUGUGGGACAGGGGGCGCGAGGAGUCACGAUGAAGAUGAAAAUGACCAGUGGCGGCCCGAAUGGUUUGUCAGGAGAGGUAAAGUAUUUCGCGAUAAAGGCGUCAUUGGAUGAUCAGGGAAAUCAGAAUCUCAGACAGGAGAUGAGAUUCCUCAGACGACUUCGAGGUGCCUCCCACAUUCAGCAACUAUACGGAGUCCGAGGAGAACCCAUGGUUGGUAGUAUUUCGUACUUGAAUCGCCCGGCGUUGGUUACGGAGUGGAUCCCGAACGGCCUUGUGGCGGCGUUGAUAAACAGACUGGCUGACUUCGAUGGCCCCGUACCAAACCGGAUGAUUUGGAGAUUCUUCCUCUGCUUAUGUCGAGCAUUAGUGUCCAUGGCUUGGCCACCAGCUGAUCCCGGGAACACGAGAGUACAAGAUGGCAUCGUGCCAGAACUGGUAAGGGGGCAGAGACUACCUCAAUCCCUGAUAGUUCAUGGUGAUUUAAAUAUGCAAAACGUUAUGAUUGGAGACUUUCAAGGAGGUGGGCAUGAGCUUGUCCCAAUACUGAAGGUCAUUGACUUUGGCGCUUCCUCCGAGAUGCCUGCAGACUCACCAAACGAGGCGGCCGUGAAGAAUAACAUGUUCAAUAUCGCCGGAGUGUUGUUAAAUAUUGUAGGAGGAAACAGUAGGAUUGCCGGGAAUAUGAAAGUUACCGAUGAAAGGGGGAUGGAGAAGACGAUAAGGUCGCAUGCGAGAGACUUAGAUGGCUUAAACCCCGCAUACAAAGCACCUCCUGUCCUUAUAGCUCGCCACAAACGAAAGAUGGACAAUCUGGACCCAGAUAUCAGAAACCUUUUAGCAUUGUGUCUAGCCGCGAAUGUGAACGACCGGCCAAGCCUUCCAUACCUGGUCCAGGAGGUAGAACGCAAUGUUCAGGAAAAGACGGCAGACAAAUACACCAGUUAUCCAUUCCGUGAAAACGAGUCGGAUGACAACAUUCGCUCGUUUGCCCAAAGACAUGUUCUUAACCCGAGUUAA